AUGAAGGUUUUCAUUUGCAUGCUGGCUGUUCUCUUUGUUGCAGUUUGCACUCCAUCCCAAGCUCGUGAUCAUAAAAAAAUGAAUGAGUGCAAGAAAGAAGUUGGAAUAACUAAUGAAUUCAAAAAAUUAGAAAAGAUAAAUUUCGAAGAUGCUAAAGUUAAAUGCUUCUUUACUUGUAUGCUCAAGAAAAAGGAAAUGAUCGUCGAUGGCAAAUUAAAUGAAGAUAUAAUAAUCGAGAAAAUGUCGAAACACGAGGAGAUGAAUGAUACUAAAAAAGAAAUUGUCCAAGGAUGUGUUAAAGAAGCUAACGAAAAAUCUGACUGUGAAGUAGGUGGACAUUACAAGAAAU